AUGGACUUGACAAGGAAAACAACAAAUCCUCAGCGCCUACCCCCUCCCGCUUUGUUCCAGGGCCCGCCAUCACAUAAUGCGUCAAAUAUCUCAUUGUCUGUACCACCCGCAUCCUCGGCCUUGGCAACGCCGUCCGGCAAUCAACCUCCACCUCUCCAUCGGAACAGGUCACCCCAUGGAGCAGAAAGUGAGAAUGCAGAAAAAUCAAGUCUACUGUCUCCGUUCGUCUCGCGCAGACAAUCCAAGAAUGACCCAGAUGGUUCCGAUGCCAUCUGGCAAGAGAUGCAAAGUGCCCUAUCAGAGGUUGAGCUCAGCGCCGUCACGAGUGAGAAUGUAUUCGGCGAAAAGCAUUCUGAAGCCCUGGAAGAUCUACGCUUGAAGCAAUUAAAGCUUGCACAAGCCUGGGCACGCAGCGAGGCAGACGAUGAAGUCGUGGAUCCUAGUCAUGGCGCCGAUGCGGCCAGUACUAAGGCCAACUCUACUCGACAACGUGGUGAAACAAAUGUUAAGGAUGAUGCUGCCACCGAGCAUAGCGCAGGCCGCGGCUCGGUAUCUCAUCAUAUGCUCGAUGAGGAGACAGAGAAAGAUAUUCGCCUCGCACGCAAACGUCGCGAGGCCAACGAUCGAUACUUCGAUCGAGUGAAUCAGGGCGUCUUAGAUGUCGUGGCUAAGCUAGAGGAAGUCGCUCAAGCCAUGCGCACCGUGGAGCGAGAGAGCAAGGACAUUUGGAGCGAUUCCGAGAGUGUUGCGACAACUGCGCCAUCCUCGACACAUUGA